UGUGUCACUAAACUGACAGAAACUUAAGAAAUUACUUAUACCUAUAAAUCUGUUGAAAUUACCGUAACUUCUGUAAGGGACUAUAUAUCGCAAAACAUUUUCAUCAAGCCCAAAAACCAUGGAUGGAGACGCUCCUUCUCACACUGUAUGCACAAAAGAUAUGACGUUUGCUCAGUCUAAGGUGCCGUUUUUCGGCGCUCUGAUAGACUAUAUGGAGACCAGUAUGAAUUACCUUCGAAGGAACACUUUCGCUCAAGCAGACCAGCUGCACAAGCAUGCGUCGAAGGCUACUCUGUCAGCUACGUUCAUGGCGGCUGUGUGUCUCAUGUUAGGGCUGACUUGUAAUAUCAAGCUCGAGGUUGUGACCUUCGACGAGCAACCGUUGCCGAAUGAUCUUCACAUUAUGCUCAUGAGUAAAGAAGACAAACUAUAUAUUGAUGAUAUCGAUGUUACUAGAAUAAUGUGGUGCAUCGAAGCUUCAGACGCCCUUGUCACGUUUAUCAGCUGUUUUCUGAUUUGGAAUUCAUCAAAUGUGCGUACUCCUCUCAGCGAAUACCUGUUCCUACCAUGGCUUGGAGCUACCCUUCGAGGAUUGUUUCUGAGACAGGCUCCAACAGUGGGCGCCCUCCUGUACACCAUGGCUGUCAUCAACGGCAACAUUAACCCGCUGUUCCUCACUGCGUUUUCCUUCCUAUUCUUGCUAGAAGCGCGCCUUUGGUUGGAGAUUGCUCGUAUCAACCGUGCGCGCUGGGAGCGACGCGAUCACAUCAUGAUGGCCAGGAACUCUGAGUACGAGGUGGAGACGCUAUGGAGCAAUGACGACGUCCAGAGCGUCGAAGUAAGGAACUACGUCUACCAAAACUAGGAAUGACACAGAUUAUAUAUUUUAAAGUUGCUUUUUGAGGCUGUUUAGAGGCUAGUUAGAUGAUUUUUUUUAAAUUUGAAAUUGCAUUUUGGUAUUUACAUUGUUGAUAAAAUGUUGCUUACCUGCUAUUAUAAAAAGAAAUAUCCAAAUAUAUUUUAAAAUAUGAUCUAAUAUUUAAAUUUUGUUAAGUGCUACAAAAGUAAAAAUAAAUACAAAGUUUAUGUAUAUAACUAUAAUUUUGAAUAGAAUUACGAUAAAUCGAUUCAAAAUACCUAAAUCGGAUUAUUAUUCUUACGUUAUGUUUUUAUUGUUUAACUCGUUGUUAUUUGUGUUAGUGCUAGUUCUAGAAAUCGUGUAGUGAA